AUUUGAUUCGGAAGUCCGCGGACAUAAUCUUGGCCACCCGAUAAUCUAAUUGAACAACAACAACAUCAAACAAAAACAGCUUUAAAUGAUAUAAGACAAAAAUGAAUAUUUUACCACAUAAAAGCUGGCAUGUUCGGACAAAGAAGAAUAUUGAGAGAGUGCGCAGAGACGAGGCCCAGGCAGCUGAGGAGGAGAAAGAAAGGCAGCGAAAAAUAGCAUUAGCUGAACAAGAGGCUCGCACUGAUCUGCUGAGGAAACGGUCUCGCAUCAGAACUGAGGGAGAGAUUGAACAUGAUACUGAUAAAGUGCAAAAAUUGGACAGUGAAGCUGAAAGUGCUGUACCCAGUUCAUCUGUUGAUAUUUACACUCCUCAAGGGCAUAUCAAUUUUUUUAAAGACAUUGAAGCAGGGGAUGUAAAGCAAGGAACAAACAAAGAAUAUGAAAAAGAGAAGAAAGAAGAAAAGGAGAAAUGGGAAAAAGAUAUUGGCCUUCUCAACUACCUUGGUCAAAAUUCAGUAGAAAAACAGGAAGAUAGACCUUGGUAUUUAUCAAAAAGGAAAGAACUGAAUGCAGAAGAAAAAUUCGAUGCAAAGGAUCGAAAGUUGAAGAACAGUUUGGACCCACUUCAUCAGAUGUCCUCGUAUCUUUCUACAAAGCAUAAGCAUUCCGAAAAAGAAAAAGACAGGAAAAGUUCACACAAGCUUAAAAGCAAACACAAGGAAAAGAACAGUCAUGACAAAAAAGUUGCAAAACCAUCUGCCUCAAAAUCUAUUGAACAGCUGCGUGCAGAAAGAUUAAAACGAGAACAAGAAGAGAGACAACGGGUGCGCGAACUUUUCUCAGGUGAAAGUUCAAAAGUCAAGGAAGCCAAUGAGCCCAUGAAUGAGCGAGACCGGGGAUAUAACUCUGUGUAUAACCCAGACCUAGUGCGGAGAAAGAAACCAAGGCAUUCCCAUGAUUACGAAAAAUACUGACUGAGAAUGCAAAAAAAUUGUUUUAGUUGUAUUGGCAACAUAUAUUGUCUUUAUAGGUAUUUUUCAUAAUGUAAAUUAAAAUUUAAAUUAUGAAAAUCCAAUGAAACUAAUCUGUAAACUAAACUGUUUUUUUGUGGAACAGUAUGGAAGUACUGGAACAGUACAGUGACUUUUCAUUUGAUUGAGUGAACAUCUAGAAUUAAUAUGAUAUUUUAAAAAUGUAUUGGUUAAUCCAUUUAUGCGUAGCGUCUUUAAAAAAAGGCCUUGGCAAACAGCGCAGACCCAGAUGAGACGCCACAUGAUGUGGCGUCUCAUCAGGGUCUGCCCUGUUUGCUUAAAGGAAUUUCUGUAAGAAAUAUUCUAAAUAUAGAAAUAAAUUUAAUAGACAUCCCUAAUUUUGGAAAUAAAGUGGUCCAAUUUAGAAGGAUGGGAGAGUCCACUUGGCAUUAAUGGGUUAAUGUUGAUGAAACUUUACACUUCACGCUUUGUUACAUGGAUGGUCCUCUACCAAACAUGCGAAAAUGGUUCUUGGUUUAUGAAUGACUAGUUUUUCAGGAUUUCUGGAAAUAAAUAAUUGCAAUUUUAAUAAUAGGAACAUGUAAUUACAGUCUAGCAUCUUUUUUGCAAUUUCCAAUAACUUUUGUGAACAUAACUGUUAAAAAUUAUUUGAUUGUUUUAUGCAUAAUAUAUAGUUUACUGAGG